GUCUCGUCCUGCCUCGCGCUCGCUUUCGACAGCAAGAUAGCAGUAUGUGCAAAGAUAUGAAGAAGCACGUCGUGUAGGACUUGAAUGGCUGACCCAUGAAGGACGGCCGAAGUCGCGCGCAUGCUGUGCGGGAGUCCCAGCAAGCAUUAGGGUUACACUCAUAGUCAGCAGCAUCUCGCCUGGGUGUCCGUCACGCAAAGACCACAACACUCUAAAGAGUACGGGAUUGGAAACAUGCCAUCACGAUAGAGGACCUACCACCCUUCCUCGAUAUAUAUUCCUUGCACUUCACUAAAGCAGUCGGCCAAGUUCGAUGUACUACGUGCCGAUGGUACACCCUGCGGAGCGAACCUGCGGCAGCACGUGCGGUGCCAAAGGGGCGGGACGCAGCGGCCACGUCGGAGGUGUGGCCACGCUGAUGACGAGGGAAGAAUGAUAUUCGGAUUGUGACCGGACUGCGGCCAAGUGCGCCUGUGAACCUCAAGAGGUCCGCCCAAGCGACAAGGUGUCAUGUUCUCGGUGCCCGACUGUUGUUUAAAUGUGCGUUCGGCGAUGCCGUCCACAGUGUGGUCCUCGGACCGGGAACCAGCGACACCCCGAGGCGCUCGCCGACGGACGUUCAAGAGUGGCGAGGUUCUUUGUUAUCUGUGCAUACACACGCUCGGAACAUCAAUGGCUAUUGCCCUUAUAUUCCACCCUCGCCUCGCUACUGAUGUCUACUGAGUACAUGUCGAACGAGCCGUCUCCAAACAUGACCGACC